AUAUGCAAAGUUAUUUGAAAUGGGUGAUAAUUUUUUGUAUUCUUGCGCCACAAUGGACAGUAAGCAUACAAUUAAACGAUUCAAUUCAGAAUGCUAUUGAAGAGAACGAGAAAAAGAUACAAAAAUUGCAAGCUGAAAUUGAGGACAACGAAAAAUACCUGAACUUUGGCGAAGCCAUAAAUAAAACAAAAGGGUACAUCUCAUCUUUGGAAGACAAAUUAAAGCAAUGUGAAGAACAGAACAAAAAUCAAUCUGAGUCUCAAUUAUAUCACAUCUUUAGUGCUAUUCAAAAAAUCAAAUCGAACACUGAUACCAAUAAAAAUGAAUUCAAACAAAAUGAUGAUCUUAUCAAUAGUCUUAAAGCUCAGAUUGAAGAUAAGAAGUCGCUGUUGAAUGAUUAUCAGGAUCAAAUAAAAGAAAAAGGUCUCGAAAUAGAGAAAUUGGAAAAAACUUUAUCAGCUUACAAUAAUACCAUCAAUAAGAACAACGCUGAGAUAUCGAAUUUGCUAUCAAUUAUCAGAUCUCAAAAUAAUACUAUUAUUGAAAACAGUGCACAAAUAUUAAAAUUGGAAUCAAUUAUAACAAAUUGGAAAGAAACUGUUUAUAAGAAAGAUGCUGAAAUAUCAAGGUUAAAGACAACUAUAAAAUCUAAAAACUCUACAAUUAACAAGAAUAAUGCUGAUAUAUCAAAGUUGGAAUCAAAUAUAACAGCUUUCAAAACAAUCGUUAAUAAGAACAAUGAAACAAUUGCAAAGUUGAAUUUAACUAUAAAUUCUUUCAACUCUACCAUCAUUAAGAAUAAUGCUGAAAUAUCAAAGUUCAAAUCAACCGUCAAACAUAAUAAUGAAAAAAUUGCAAAGUUGGAGUCAACUAUAAAAUCUUACAACUCAACCAUUAAUAAUAAUAAUGUUCAAAUAUCAAAAUUAAAUUCGGAGAAGAGUAAUACUAUUAUUAAAAACAGUGCUGAAAUAUCGAGGUUGAAGAAAAAUUUAGAAUCUAAUAACUCUACAAUAAAUAAUAAUAAUUCUGAAAUAUCAAAGUUAAAGUCAACCGUCAAAAAUAAUAAUGAUAAAAUUGCAAAGUUGGAGUCAACUAUAAAAUCUUACAACUCCACCAUCAAUAAGAAUAAUGCUGCAAUAUCAAAUUUGAAAUCAACCGUCAAAAAUAAUAAUGAAAUAAUUGCAAAGUUGGAGUCAACUAUAAAAUCUUACAACUCAACCAUUAAUAAUAAUAAUGUUCAAAUAUCAAAAUUAAAUUCGGAGAAGAGUAAUACUAUUAUUAAAAACAGUGCUGAAAUAUCAAGGUUGAAGAAAAAUUUAGAAUCUAAUAACUCUACAAUAAACAAGAAUAAUGCUGAUAUAUCAAAGUUGGAAUCAACUAUAACAGCUUUCAAAGGAAUCGUUAAUAAGAACAAUGAAACAAUUGCAAAUUUGGAGUCAGCUAUAAAAUCUUACAUCUCUACCAUCAAUAAGAAUAAUGCUGAAAUAUCAAAAUUAAAGUCGGAGAAGAUUAAACCGAGAGCUACAACACCACAGCCACAAAUAACUUUCCCGUCUUACAAUGACAAAUCACAGCAGGAAAUCACACAGUUGAAAUCUGAAGCGAAUAAACAAACUAACGAAAUAAACGAGCUUAACAUUAAACUAAAUAAAUCCCUAUCGAAUAACAAAAAUUUAGCCAAUUCACGGGAUGAAAACUUUAAAAAAUAUCAAAGCGCUCAAAAUAGCUUAGACCACUGCCAAACAGAAAAGAACUCUACUCAAGUCUAUCUAGAUCGUUAUAUAGACAGCUAUAACUCCUUUUACAAGACAUUUCAAACGAAUGUGACUGAUUUACAAAACGAGUUGUCUAAAUGUAUUUCUUUAAAAGAAGAAAUUAAUAAAGAACUAAAGCACACGAAGGAAGAAUUAAUCGAAUGCCAGAAUCAACAUUCAAAUACUCCCUCUACAAGUCUUCCAACUUCUUGUAUAGGCUUGAACGCUGGCUUUCGAGAGAUACAAAUUUCAAAUGGAAAUCCUUUAUAUGUGCUAUGCGAUAAUGAUGGUUGGAUUAUCAUACAGCAACGAAUUAAUGGACAACUAGAUUUUAACAGAAGCUGGAGGGAAUACGUGAAUGGAUUUGAAGACCAAAGCAAACAAGGGGAGUUUUUCAUUGGAUUGGAAAAUCUGCAUCUUCUUACCAAGUCAUCAAGACAUGAGUUAUAUAUCUCAGUAACAUUUUUAUGGGAUACCUUAUGGACAAAAUAUGAUGACUUCAGAGUUGGAAAUGCAGAAUCUCUCUAUGAAUUGGAAUCAAUAGGAAACUAUAAGGGCAACUUUGAUGGCUUACGUGCGAAUGUUCAUCAGAAAUUUGCAACAUAUGAUACGAAGAAUUUUGAUCAUGAUUGUGGAAUGGGCGGCUGGUGGUAUCCAGCAAAUUGUGGUUUUAGUAAUCUAAAUGGUCCAUACAAUAAGAUAUUAUGGCAUUACGGGGAUGGAACCUCCACAAUUAUGAUGAUUCGCCCAUAUGGAUAA